CGCAGGUCGCCCGUGAGCCCGCAGCUCCCGCAGCAGCCGCCGCACCAGGCCGCCGCCGCCGCCGCCACCGCCGCUGCCUUCCUGCAGCAGCGCAACUCGUACAACCACCACCAGCCUCUUCUGAAACAGUCUCCGUGGAGCAACCAUCAGAGCAGUGGCUGGGGCACCGGAAGCAUGUCUUGGGGAGCAAUGCAUGGCAGAGACCACCGCAGAACUGGAAACAUUGGCAUUCCAGGAACUAUGAAUCAGAUCUCUCCCUUGAAGAAACCAUUCUCGGGUAAUGUCAUAGCACCACCGAAAUUUACCCGCUCGACUCCUUCACUGACUCCCAAAUCUUGGAUCGAAGACAAUGUGUUCAGAACAGACAACAAUAGUAAUACACUCUUACCCUUACAGGUAAGAAUGGUGAGAUCUAGUUUGCAGUUGCCAGCUUGGGGCUCAGAUUCACUCCAAGAUAGUUGGUGCACUGCAGCCGGGACAUCCCGAAUAGACCAGGAUCGAAGUAGAAUGUAUGACAGUUUGAAUAUGCACUCUUUGGAAAAUUCCCUUAUUGAUAUUAUGAGAGCAGAACAUGAUCCUCUUAAGGGCCGACUGAGCUAUCCACAUCCUGGAACUGACAAUCUGUUAAUGUUAAAUGCAAGGAGUUAUGGGCGAAGACGAGGUCGCUCAUCCCUUUUCCCAAUUGAUGAUGGCUUGCUGGAUGACAGUCAUAGUGAUCAAGUUGGAGUUUUAAAUUCACCCACAUGUUACUCAGCUCACCAAAAUGGAGAGCGAAUAGAACGCUUCUCUCGAAAAGUUUUUGUUGGUGGUCUUCCUCCUGAUAUCGAUGAAGAUGAAAUAACUGCUAGCUUCAGAAGAUUUGGACCUUUAGUAGUAGAUUGGCCUCAUAAAGCAGAAAGCAAGUCCUAUUUUCCACCAAAAGGUUAUGCCUUCCUACUCUUUCAAGAAGAGAGCUCAGUUCAAGCAUUGAUUGAUGCUUGUAUUGAAGAAGAUGGAAAACUUUACCUGUGUGUUUCCAGCCCAACUAUCAAGGACAAACCAGUUCAGAUCCGUCCUUGGAAUUUAAGUGAUAGUGAUUUCGUCAUGGAUGGUUCGCAGCCCUUGGAUCCACGAAAAACAAUUUUUGUUGGAGGUGUUCCUAGGCCUUUGAGGGCUGUGGAGCUUGCUAUGAUCAUGGACCGGCUGUACGGUGGCGUUUGUUAUGCAGGAAUUGACACCGAUCCAGAGCUCAAAUACCCAAAAGGCGCUGGCCGAGUUGCUUUCUCCAAUCAACAGAGCUACAUCGCUGCCAUCAGCGCUCGAUUUGUUCAGCUUCAGCACGGCGACAUCGAUAAACGCGUGGAGGUAAAGCCAUAUGUGCUCGAUGACCAGAUGUGUGACGAAUGCCAGGGCGCACGUUGUGGUGGGAAAUUUGCUCCCUUUUUUUGUGCCAAUGUCACUUGCCUGCAGUAUUACUGUGAGUUUUGUUGGGCAAACAUCCACUCUCGUGCUGGACGUGAGUUCCACAAGCCAUUGGUCAAGGAAGGUGCCGAUCGCCCGCGUCAGAUUCACUUCCGCUGGAAUUAAAGACCCCCCUUCAGUCGGCCUGCGUUGGAAAAGGAAAGAAAAGGGUGCAUGUGGUAUUCCGUGUCCGAAGAUAACCGACCUGCAGAAGAAAUAAGUGCAUUCUUCUGCUCUCACCCCAGCUCACAGUACAUGCAUCUUUUAUCAGCAGCCAAAACACUACAAAGCCUCUUGUUUUUCACCAAAACCCUACAUCUCAGGCUUACUAAUUUUUGUGAUAUUUUCAUGUUAAAAUAAAAUGUUUUUUUGUAUUUUCUCCAAGUUAUUUUUAUAUGUAAAGUUAAAAAAAAAUUAGAUAUGAGAAUGUUUUGCGUAGGGGCAAACAGUCUGCUGCUAUAUAGUGGGUGAAGCGUGUGCACUUAUUUCUAAAUGUGGGUUUUUAACUACAAGAUCUGCCCCCCAGUAAUUUACCAAAGGUAGCAAAAUAAUAGUGAAGAUGGAAUAUGUCUGCUACAAAUGCUUAUUUUUAUUGUUGCUAUUUUCAGUGUAUACAUAAAACUAAAAAAAUUAGGGUUGAUUUUUUUGCUCUCCAUUUUGACUUGCAAGAAAUAAUACCUCAAGAUAAUCUGAUUUAUUAGCUAUUUUUAAACAUUUUUAAUCACAAGCUGUAUUAGCUUUGCUGCUAUAUAGGUGUUAUGUGUAAAUGCCACCUGUUAAUACGGGAUUGAAAACGUUAGAGACACACUGCAUUGCAGAUAAAAUGCAGGCAGCACAAUAUGGCCUAAACUGCCAUAGUUUUAGAAUGUGAAAAAAUGCAUGUUUACUUACCUGUAUACACCAUAUGCAUGCACUAGAAUUCUUAACUAACAAGAGGUGAGGUAUUGCAAAUGUUCAAAAAGCUCUCUUGAAUCUAGGUAGCAUGAACAAAUUAUAAAAUUUGUUUAAAAAAAUCAAACUUGCAUGCAUUCUUGUGACUUCAAGUGAAAUUGUCCUACAU